AUGGAUUUCGAGCACCGGGCUGAAGCUGAAGACAAUGUUCCUAGCGAGUUUCCCAGGAGCGUUCCUGAAAACUGCGCUGAAUACUUAUUAUUCAUCCUCGACAACACAGUUGGGUCUCAUACUCUCCUCUCGGCCCUGGAAAAUGUCCGUCACGCAGCUAUGCAACUAUCUCAUAAUAUUGCUAAAGGGUAUAUAUGGCAACGAGAUUCCUUCCAAUUGCACCUCGAGAGGGACCAGGGCCUAGUUUAUCUACGUGGGAUUACUGACUACGGCGACUCGGUUGAGGAUGAGUGGCUUAUCGUCUACCUACUUCGCGAGCUCACUAAGUCCUUUCCAACCCUCUGGGUAAGAGUAUUUGAUAGCGACGGGGAAUUUUUACUCAUUGAGGCAGCUAGAGUCUUGCCGAGUUGGCUGAGCCCAGAGAUGGACGCUAAUCGAGUAUGGAUACACGAUGGGAGCCUCUACGUACACCCACUAGCUGCCAGUUCCGGAGUGAAGCGGCCGCUGUCGCUUCAAGAAGCUGUCGCCUACAUUCAGUCCAAUCCUCGCGGUCUCGUUCAACCAAGCCUCGUGGAGGCCGAGUCUUUCUACAGGCUAGAAAAAUAUCCUGGCCAAAUCGCCUGGUCAGCACAUCACUCGCAAGCGACACUACCUAGGAAAUUGGCAUACAUUCUCCAUGAAAAGCCGUCCACUAUUGCUCCCGCUGUCGAGGCAUUCUACCUGCGCGACCCUACUGGGAUGAAGUCGCUCUCCAUCUCAUCUGGGAAGGCCCACUUCCCACCCAAGGAUCUAGUGACAGUAGGAGUCAAGUUCACCAAAGUGCUCUUUGCGCAACUCAAAUCGCAGCCUUUGCCCCAAGCUCCAGGGUGGAGAGCCUUUUUUGAGGCUGCCGAGAAGCAUGCCUACGGUCCGGAAGACGACCACAGAAGACUAGCUCGUCUGGAACUAGGUAUGAAGGUCACUAGUGGCUUCGAGUUGCUUGCAGCCAAUGCCAGAAAGAGUGGGAAUCGUCUCGCGCGCGAGUUCACUUUGCUCCUUGAGGACCUGGAAGAAGAUGGUGUACAGGUACUCCCAACUAAUGAGGAGUUAACGUUCUGGGAAGACGCCGAUAGGGAGGACGACGAAUCUUGGUUAGACAUCGACUUCGAAGACUUCGGGAGCGAACUACGAGGAAGUCACAGUCCUCGGGGAGGAUCAAAAAGUGGAUUUGGCGACUCGUCGGCGCACGCCAAUCUACGAAAGAUUGUAUCCCGUUUCGAAGCGUUUUUGGAAGAUGAGAGGGCGGGUAUUGGAGGCGCCGAGAUGGAGAAUACGGGCGAAGUUGACGAUAAAUCGAGCCGAGAGGAUAGUGAGGGGGACGAGGAGGGGGACGACAUUGACUUUGAUGAAGAUAUGUUUUCGAGGAUGAUGAGGGAGACAAUGGGUCUCCCAGAUGACCAAGCCACGGGUGGUUGGCAGACAGCCGAGCCGCGAGAAUGUACGACAAGCCCAGGUGCUGCGAAGACAAAUGACGAGGAUGAAGGUAUCCGGCAGUUGACCGCCCAGAUGGAAAUAGAGUUGAAGAAAUAUGGCGCAUUGAGACUCGACCAGACACCCGAGAGGAUGGAAGCGACAAGAGCAACAGGUGAAGGUGAUCUGAGGGGAAAAGAAAAGAGCAUCCCAGAACACCGCGUUGGAGAUGAGGAUGAUAGCGAGGAAGUCGAUGUUGACUACAACCUCGCCAAGAACAUCCUAGAAAGUUUCAGAAGCCAAGGUGGAAUGGCAGGACCUACUAGUAACUUGCUAGGGAUGAUGGGUAUACAGCUUCCUAGAGAUGAAGCAGAAGAUAGUUGA